CUAAGUUCUAACCUCAAAAUAAUUUUAUAAACAUGUCAAUCACGCUGUGAUUGUGAUAGUGGUUAAUUAGAUAUCAAUAUAAAAAUAAGUGAACACUAUGGGAAAACGUAAAGGAAAGUGUGUAAAAAAAAAUACUCUCACAAAGCAGUCCAUAGAGCCAGAAAAUUUAGUGAAAGCACCACAUUCAUUUGUUAUACAUCGUGGAAAAUGUUCAAAAGAUCUUAUGGAUUUGACAAAAGAUUUCAGGAAGAUAAUGGAACCAUUUACAGCUUCACAACUCAAAGAGAGAAAAAAGAACACAAUAAAAGAUUUCUUAUCUAUAUCAGGAUAUCUACAUGUGUCUCACAUGAUGGUGUUCACAGAGACUGAAUUGGGGUCCUACAUGAGACUAGCGAGGCUGCCUAGAGGACCAACUCUAACCUUCCGCAUACAUAAUUAUACCCUAUCUCGUGACGUCAUAUCAGCUCUCCGGAAGCAGUAUGUAAUAUCGCGCGCAUUUCAAAACGCUCCGCUAAUAGUACUCAACAGUUUCUCAGGAGAAGGAAUGCAUAUGAAAUUAAUGGCUACAAUGUUCCAGAACAUGUUUCCCACAAUUAAUAUAACAACGGUUAAACUUAAAAACAUACGACGCUGCGUGCUUAUGAACUACAAUCCUUCGACUAAAUUGAUAGAUUUUCGUCACUACGUCAUCAGAGCGACGCCGGUCGGUCUUAACAAGGGCACCAAAAAGAUGGUACAAGGUAAAAUUCCUAACCUCAAUCGCUGUAAAGACAUGUCGGAAUUUUUCGAUAAAGCGGCGCUGCUUUCGGAGAGCGAGUUUGAAGAUGACGGCACUAACCAGGUGGAGCUGCCGCAGCGGCUGUGCGCGCGCGGCGCGGCGGCGCGCUCGCGGUCGGCGCUGCGCCUGGUGGAGCUCGGCCCGCGCCUCGCGCUGCAGCUCAUCAAGGUGGAAGACGGGCUAAUGGAUGGUGAAGUUCUGUUCCACGAACUUGUCGAGAAAACAGACGAAGAAAAAGCCUUAAUAAAGAAGAAACGUGACGAGAAAAGACGACUUAAGGAGAAGCGCAAGUCUCAACAAGCUGAAAACGUGAAACGUAAAGAGAAAGAGAAGGAAGAUUUGAAGCAGAAGGCGUUAGAGGGAAUUAAAAAGAAGAAAGAAAUGACAGAAAAUCAAAGGUUAAUGGAGCUGGCGGCGGCGGAGAGUCAGGGGGAUACCACCGCGGAGCCCGAGGAGGACGACGCUGAAUACUACCGACAGGAGGUCGGCGCCGAACCAGAGCAAGAUCUAUUCAGUCAAAAUCCUUCAAGAAAGCGAAAGUCAGAUAAUAGCGAAGGUGAAGCACGAGGUUUCAAAAAGAUGAGAUUAGACAAGAAGCUAAAAAAGAAGUACCAAAGGAACCAAGAAACUGGUCAAUAUCAGGACAACAAGAAUAACAGAAGGUUCCAAACUAAAGAUGGUGGAAACUCGUUCAAAAAUAAAGACGACAAUAGGAAAAAAUUCAAUGACAAAGAUGGUAAAUAUAAAAACCAAAGGCGAAAUAAUCAGGGUGGUAAUCCUAAAAAAGUCUUCGGUGGCAAAUUUAAUAAAAAUAACAGAACUGGUGGUAAAAGUAGGCCACCGAAAACAGGAAAAGGCAAAGGGAAGUCUAGAAAAUAAUAUUUAUACUAAAAAUAUUAAUAAUCUGUGUAAUAUACACUUAAAAUAUUGU